AUGGGUCGACUGGACCGGAGUGAUACCACCAAUGGCCUCACAGAAAACCGGCGUGGAAUAACCACAGAUUCGCGCUAUUUAGACAAGCAGUUCUCGGUGCAUCCCGAGAAUGCGACGGUGUGGCGUGGCCAGCCGACGGUGCUGAACUGCGCCAUCGGCUCAGGACCUGACGCCACAAUAUCCUGGCAGAAGGAUGGAGGACCUCUGCCUAAUAGUAAUAGAUAUCAUUUGCUGAAAAAUCAGCUACUUAUCACGGACGUGACUGAUGAAGAUGCAGGAUCUUACAGAUGCAAAGCAACCAACUCUCACGCAAACAGAACGAGGUUCAGUCAUGAAGGUAGACUGCAAGUUGAGGAGUAUCCUGCAGACCUGGAGCCUGGGAUCCUGCCGGUCAGUGACCAGAGGCACAUAGCUGUUCCCGCGGGUGGGACCUUGGUGAUGCCGUGCCCUGUCACUGGAUGGCCACGGCCAAGGUUAAUAUGGCAGUUCUCUCAACCUGGCGAAAGGACCAGUGAGUUAGAGGAGACGGAUGAAGUCCUGAUACGGAGAAAUGUGGACCUGCAGCAGGAAGGAGUCUACACCUGCAGCGUUGAAGGCAAUAGUGACCUGUUCAAGACCUUCAACGUGGUGAUCACAGAACCGGUCAAGAUCACGGUACCACCGGUCUCCAAGCAGACGAUCAGAGCUGGUACUGUUCGGUUCAACUGCACUGCCGUUGGGAGACCAGCCCCAACUAUCACGUGGUACAAGGAUGGAAAGCCUUUGGCUGUUGCUGGACGGAUUGUGGUGUUACCAUCAACUGAUGGGAAGCGAAUGGAACUACUCAUCAGGAGUCUCACGUCCGAAGAUGCAGGUGUAUACCAAUGCUUCGCUCAGAACCCUACAUCAUCAGCAUCAGCGUGGGCUACCCUGAAUGUGACAGGCGUGAGUGCUGCAGCCCCUACAGGAGUGCAGUGCUGGCCAGCUGGGGCCAGGGCCGUGGCUGUGCGCUGGCCCAAGGUCAACGCCGAUGUCAUGGCUUAUACUGUGCAGAUUACCACACCAGGUGGCACUUCAUUACCUGGACAGCCGGUUAUCGGCAUUGAGGAGAUCAUCUCUGUUGCUGAACCGCUUACACCUUACGGAUUCCAGGUCCGUGCUUACAUCAAGUCAUCAUCAACGAACAAGAACGUCGCGAGUGAUAUGUCUGAGAGUGUCAUGUGUCAGGGACAAGGGGUGCCAAUAAAACUGGCUCGCCAAGGAGAUGACAUUUUAGUAUCCUGGAAGCAGUUCGCAGACCAGACUCCUGGCGUGCUGCAGUGGAUCCUGCAGUACAAGGCUGAGAAUAGCUCUGAUGAACAUAACGUCACCUUGGAUAAGGGUGUUACCAAUCAUACAAUCAAAGUACCCUCUGAAGAACCGCUGCAAGUCCGAGUGUUGGGAACGAGGAUGAUACCCUGGCUGCAUCAGAACCUGACGCUGGUGCCCUGGACUUCCACCACCAUCGCUAUACAUGCUCCCGACGGCGGAGAGGUAACAGCGGUUCCUGAGGACGUGGAGGUGACGGACGUUAAGGCUCGGGAGUUCACGGUCCGCUGGCGGUGCGAGGAGUCCGAGUUGUCCCUGGAGACUUACACCUAUAUGGUGUGCACUAGGAAGGUGGAUGGGAAUGAAGAGUGUAUGGAGAGUCGCAGUAAAUCGAUACGCAUAGACAAGCUGUCUCCUAGCACAGAGUACGAGGUACGAGUCCAGGCUCGUAUACCGGCGCGGAUGGCCGUCGGAGAGUUUUCCAAACCCAUACAUAUUAGGACACAGGCUGAGGGUACAAAGCGCUUUGAAAAUUUGUCUUACACGAUGGUGAACACUUCAGCUCUUCGCGUCUCCUGGAAUAGUCUACCUGACAAGUAUACCAUACACUACAGCAAUGAACUGACCCUGCCUAUCAACCAAUGGCCGUGCGUCGAUACUGUGGGCAAUACAGUCGUGUUGACCGGUCUGGACCUGACGAAGGAGUUGUACGUAAUGGUGACAGGAUAUGAACCUCUUGGUCACAGCCAGAUCUUGAACAUACCUGUGUUGGUGCCCGAAGCAAAGGAGCUGCAGUACUGGUUCACGCCGACGGGCGUGCAAGUGACUUGGAGGGGGCAGGGCCCGCGCAUCGUGCGCUACUCACAGAACCUCACGCAGUCACUCGACCUGUGGCAUACCAUCAAUGUUACCACUAACUCUGUACAUAUCUCAGGUCUCGAGCCUGAUUUGACAACGUACGUGAUGGUGGUAGCCCCGGGGCCCAGCGCCCGGAACCAAGUCGUGAACAUCCUGCCGCGACCACCAGACCAAUCGUCAUAUUACCUGAGUAUCGGCAUUGGGUGUGGAGUGGUGUUGAUCUGUCUGUUGGCGGCCGCUGCAGUCUGUAUAUGGAGAAGGAGAAAGAGAUCUCAUUCUCCUGUCAGGUCCCGCAGACGCAAUCUUUCUUCAAACGACGGCAAUGAAGAGGAAGGAGCAGAAAUGAAGAACAUCGGUAACCGUCUUGCCAAUGGAGGAGGGUCCAAGGACGCUGGAGAACCUCUUCUCAACGGACACGUUCAUAUUACUGAAAACCCUAACCAGUCCAAGACGCCGAACGGUCGCAUGCGCAAGGGCCGUCGCUACGAGGCUGCGUUCGACGUAGCUCGCUACGAGGACCCUGACACUACCCUGGAGACAGUCCUCGACCCUGACACUUCCGCCUCCACCACCUUCAACCUCCUCGACACCUCCCGCAGGCCAGAGUACGAGGUCUCGAGGUCCUCCAGGGACCUCAGCGCUAACAAUUCCUUCAACAAACUUCCUGACGACAACAUGAACUCCGAACUCACGCGAAGCACCGACUUCCAACUAGACAACAGCAAAAUUCUACCCACGCUCCAACCUAACGGUUGAGAACCCCCCAUCCCCCCGAUAAGCAAGAACUACACUAGGGGUAGGCGGCCCCUGAGAUCUGGUAUCCGUCGAUACCGAUUUCUCGCGUCAAUUCGAAUGGUGUGCUAUUUAUAAGUCAAGGAUUGAGAUUGUGUACAGACAAACAUGUUUUUUUACUAGUUGCUCGUUAGACACAGUAAAAUGGAUAUACGACUAAAAUAAGGAAGGGUAAUACUUAAAGUUUUUAAUAGAUAAUAAUGAGGCUUAAAAUAGUCCGAAUGAUACGGGUUCGCGCGAGGAUAGCUUAUCGUGUUUCGUUCCUAACGUUAGAAUUUAUUUUUAAUGAUUGUAAGGCUGAUAUUUUUUUGGUAAACAAUAGUACGGGUAAAUAAUUUAAGUGUUAAAAAUGGAUUCAGGUCGGAAGUAACUGUUGUUCAAUAGCACGUCGAGUUAUUCUCGCCUAAUCUGUUCGCAACUUCGCCGUAGUGAAGGUUCACCGUCUAAUAAUUGUUACUAUGUAUAUUAUUAUAAUAUAUAACGUUUUUAUUGCCGAUUUUACGGCAACACGCACUUGUAAAUAGCGUUGUUCGUUUACGGCCUGAGAUUAAAUGCGCCCGACAAUAAUGUAGGAAUGGCGCGUUCGCACGUGACCGUAGUCAGCGCGGCGCCCCUCCCGCCGCGUCACCUUGCGUCAUGUCACAAGCAGUGCCUCGUCAAGUACACACUGGUUCAUAAGUCAUACAAAUAGAUUCACCGUUAGUGCAACAUAAUCGUACAAAAUAUAGACCAAAUUAAUUCCAAACACAUUGAAAUUCGCGUGUACAUAACAUAGAACAAAAAUAUUUAUCCAUGUUGAAAAUAUGAUAAUUACUUUACAUAAACUAUUAAAUGUUUCUUAUUUUCUGAUUAUCAUUUCACACAGUAAAUAAACAAAGCCUCAGAUGCUAGUAUUCUUCACAAUUUACAUUCCAGACUUUGUUUUAAAUAUAUAUAUUUUGUCACAUAAUAACAAUAAUAGAUAUCGUAAAUACAAAUGCACAUUUUUAUAUGUAUAUUCACUGUUAUAGUUUCUGUUAGCAGUUUUAUAUUUCACAAAAAUCUAGAUACCUACUUAAACCUAAGAAAACAAGUAGAUAGAUUAAAAAGUAAUUGUAAUAUAUAAAGUAUAUAUAUAUAUAUAUAUAUAAUGAUAAAGUAAUAAUAUAUUACAACGAACUAUGAAUAUUAUGAAAUGAAAAUAGUUUAUUAAAAGCACGCGUUAUCGUUAUAAAAGUUACUAAAAAAAGUUAUUGCACAUUUCCCCCCUCUUACUUUUUUUGAAUCUGGAACAUGUUUAGCUUACGUUAUGCCAUGAUGAGGUCAUGCCA